CCGCUGUGUAACUGCGUCGUAAAACGAGGACCUCACGUACAGGACCGUUUCAGUCGUGUUAAGUUAGACUUUUGUAGCUAAGUAGGGCAACUCGUGUGUGGGAGUGUGUAUCGAGUGUACACAUGAGUGUGACUAGUGAAUGCGGUUCUCACACACGUCGACAUCUACCGGGCUUCUCAAAAACUACCGCGGACGUUGCAGCAAGCAGAAAAGCGGCCAUGGCGAACGACGAAAGCCAUCCAACUUUGGAGUCGUGGCUCAACAGGUCCACGGACCCAAACAACCAGGAGGACAGAUGGGACUGCAUCCAGGCCUUCUUUCAAUUGGUCAACAAGGAGGCUGAUGGUCCACAGGUGGCUCUCAGUCUUCUUGCUCAUAAAAUCCAGUCUCCCCAAGAAAAAGAGGCUCUACAAGCUCUGACUGUUCUUGAGGCAUGCAUGAAUAACUGUGGCAAGAGGUUCCACGGAGAAGCGGCCAAGUUUCGAUUCCUCAACGAGCUCAUCAAAGUUUUGACGCCAAAGUACUUUGGUUCCUGGACUGCCCAGACAGUUAAAGACAGACUGACUCAGGUUCUUUAUGGUUGGACGCUCUGGCUCAAAGACGAAACAAAGAUUCAGGACGCCUACUCUAUGCUCAAGAAACAAGGCAUCAUAAAAAAGGAUCCCAAACUACCAGAUACAGUCACAAUGGCCCCUCCACCUCAAAGAGCCACAGACUCCGUUUUUGACCAAGAGGACAAGGCAACGCUCUUAGCCAGAUUAUUAAAAAGUGAUGUGCCCAAAGACCUGGAGACUGCCAACAGGCUCAUUAAAAGCACAAUGAAAGAGGAGCAGGAGAAGGCAGAGAAAGCAUCAAAGCGUGAAUCAACUCUGAAGGCGGUGGAGAGCAGCACCAAGCAGCUCAGGGAGAUGUUGGACGAGCACACUGAAGUGGCUUUCCAGCCCAGUGACGAAUUAAAGGUCUUGUAUGAGAGCUGCGAGCGUCUGAGGCCGAGCCUUUUCCGACUGGCUAGCGACACGGUGGAUGACGACGAGGCCCUGACGCAAAUCCUGGCAGCCAACGACGAUCUCACGCUGGUCGUGAAUGCCUACAAGGAACGAACUGGGAGGCGGGAGUGUAACGGAAGAAGUAAAACUGCUGCGAGUCCCAGAGAGAUCAAGAGCUACCAUCUCAUCGACCUCUCGGCUCUCGACUCGCCUCAGACUGACAGAAAAGCCAACUCGCCUUUGUCCUUUCAGUCCUCGUCACCUCUCUUUUCCUCUUCUCUGGAAAGCACCUGCAACUCCGCAACUGAGCAGAACCCUCCACGAUCAGAGUUAUUUCUACUUUCUCCAAAGUCAUAUUAUGAUGAGCUGAUGCAGCUCAGUGGAGCAGUCGAUGGCAUGAAUAAAGAGAGGGGUCCUUCACUGAGAGCCCGUGGAUGCGGGGAAAACGGUUCUGCUUCGGCAAAUGAAAUAAACAUAUGGUCACAGAAUCAACAGUUCACAAGUUUAGGCUCAUUUUCAUGUUCCUCUCAACUCCCAGCACCUUCAGAAGACGCCGCUUCUCCGCAGCAUGUACUGAAAAAUGUCUUUGUUCCCAUGGAGACCAUAAAGUCUAGUCAGCUCGAGCCCAUCACUAUAUUUGACCAGGGUGGCAUCCACGUCUCGCUUCAUUUCGCCAGGGACUCGCCGCCCGGUCAUCCUGGCGUGGCCGUGGUCGUCAUCUCCACAGUGAACACUUCCUCCCUGGAGGUGAAAGAUUUAAUGUUUCAAGCCGCUGUCCCAAAGACCAUGUCGGUGAAACUUCAACCUUCAUCUAAAACACACCUGCCUCCAUACAACCCCCUCCUGCCCCCGCCUGCCAUUGCCCAGGUCAUCCUGUUAGCUAAUCCACACAAGCGUAAAAUGCGCCUGCGCUACAAUCUCGCUCUGAUACACGGACGGCAACAGUUGAAUGAGACCGGUGAGAUAGGAAACUUCCCGGACUGGAUGUCUCUGAUUGGUUCCUGAAAACACACCACACACACACACAACCACAAACCCUCAUCGGGUUGCACGAAAAGAAAAAGUGACGCUUAACAUUGAGUCAGCGUAAAAAUGGUUUGGCUUUUCCUCCUGAUUCGACCUGUCACGGUGUUUGUCAGUCACAUCUGUCACUUAAAAUGUCUGAUUUGCCUAUAAUACAUUUGUAUCGUUCCCAACAUGUCAUAAGGACGACAUUGUUUUAGUCUCGCCACUGCUGGAGGCGAUUUGUUUUUCCCCCCAAAAUACUGUAUGUUUGGUUUUUAUUCAUGCAUUUUGUGUGUUGUUACUGUAGCUAGAAUCAUCGUGACUCCAUUUUGCUGAUUACAUAUUUUGCAUCUGUAGCCUCAUCUGACCCCAUUAAUAACUGUGAAUAAAACAAGACCAGAGCAGUGUUAA